CCAUUUCUAGUGCUGAUGACAGCGAGCCCACAGUGGCAAUCAUGAGGUGGAGAUCUGCGUUGUGGACUUUCCUUGUGCUAUCUGUCGCCACUUUCUCUGAGGUCCAAACCAUACUGGUUUCCAACCAUGUCAGCAGCAUCUGCAGCACAUGGGGCAGAGAUCACUUCAAGACCUUCGAUGGUGAUGUGUACCAGUUUCCCGGCAUGUGUGAAUACAACCUGAUCUCCAACUGCCACGACUCCUAUCAGCUCUUCUCAGUGCACAUAAAGAAAGCAGAAAAGGACGGAAACCCGACCAUCAGCUACUUGGCAAUCACCAUCAAUGAACUUUUGUUUCACAUCAGCAAGAGCUGGGUCACUGUCAACUAUGAGAAAGUCCCUCUACCUUAUUACAAGGCAGGAGUGCAAGUGAAAAAUAAUGCUGCUUACAUCAAGUUUCAGAGCAAAGUUGGGUUCACUGUCAUGUGGAAUGGAGAAGAUGCUGUGAUGGUGGAAAUUGAUGCUGACUUUGCAAACCGAACUUGUGGACUUUGUGGAGACUUCAACGGUGUCCCAGUAUACAAUGAGUUCAUUCUUCAUGAUCGUAAAAUCAGCCCCAUUGAGUUUGGCAACAAAUACAAAGCCCACCACCCAAACGAUGAGUGCGAGGACCCUUAUGAGGAGGAAUUACUGGAGGAUGUGACUGUCUCAGAUUCCUGCAAGGAAUUUCUAACUGUCUGUGAAAACAUGUUUUUGUCAGAGUCCUGGAGCUCAUGCACUAAACUGAUUAACCCUGAAGUUUACAUCCAGGCCUGUGUAAAGGACAUGUGUGGCUGCAAGAACAAUACCAAUGACUUCUGUGCCUGCAGCACGCUGUCUGAGUUUUCUCGACAGUGUUCCCAUGCAGGAGGACAGCCUCCCAACUGGAGGACAACUCAGUUCUGUGCCAAAGAAUGCCCUUACAACAUGGUGUAUGAAGAAAGUGGUUCCCAUUGCAUGGAUACUUGCACACAUCAGGACACAAGUUCACUCUGUGAGGACCACAAAAUGGAUGGCUGCUUCUGUCCUUCUGGGACGGUGUUUGAUGAUAUUUCUGAGAGAGGCUGUAUUCCUCAGUCUGAAUGUCAGUGCAAGCAUGACAAAAUCUACAGCCCUGGAGAGGUUUACCGACAAGAUCAAGAGGAAUGCACAUGCUUUGAGGGAAUGUGGGAUUGCAUCACUCUAGAAACACCGGCUACAUGCGCAGUUGAACAAGGUUCAUAUUUCACUACUUUUGAUGGGAAAACUUACACUUUCCAUGGGGAUUGUUACUACACUCUGGCAAAGGUGGAAAGCAAGGACGGAGCGAGCCCAAACUUUACCCUCCUGGCCCAGCUGGUGCCUUGUGCUCACCAACAGUUUGACACAUGUCUGAAGUCUCUUAAAAUCCUGCUAAACAAUGACAGAAAUAGCGUGCUAUCAUUCACCUCUGAUGGUGUAGUUCAACAGAACAUGCAGACUGUCACUUUGCCGUACCAAUCAGGAGACAUCGACAUUUUCCACGCCUCAUCCUUUCACAUCAUGCUGCAGACCAGAUUUGGGUUGCAGAUUCAGAUCCAGCAUGUCCCUCUCAUGCAAAUCUACAUCAGCCUGGAGCAAAGUUACAGAUCAAAGACACGUGGUUUAUGUGGGAACUUCAACAUGAUCUUGAGUGAUGAAAUGAAGACUCCUCAGGGGAUCGUGGAGGGAACUGCAGUGACCUUCAGCAACUCUUGGAAGGCUAACCUCAUGUGCUCAGACACUGAGGAAAGACUUGAUGAUCCAUGUUCCCUCAGUUUGGAAAAUGAGAUGUAUGCCAAACACUGGUGCGCCUUACUUGUGAGUCCAGACAGUGCUUUUGCCCAGUGCCGAUCGGUGGUGGAUCCCGAGAUGUUUCACAAGCGAUGUAUCUACUCCACCUGUAGUUGUGAGAAGAGCGAGGCGUGUUUGUGUGCCGUCUUCUCUUCUUAUGCUCGAGCUUGUGCAGAAAAGGGAGUUUUCCUGACAAACUGGAGAGAGAAUGUGUGUGAUACAGACACAAAGAGCUGCCCAGCAUCUCAGACCUUCUCUUACACACAUCAGAGAUGCCAGCUGACAUGCAGGUCUUUGAGCUCGGAGCAGCAGAGCUGCACCUCGGACUUCUUACCUGUGGACGGCUGCUCCUGUGCUGAGGGUCUCUACUUGAAUGAAAAUGGCCUUUGUGUUCCAGUGGAAAAAUGUUCCUGCUUCUAUAAUGACAAUUACAUUAAUCCAGGGACAUCCAUCAACAUCAGAGAUGAGCACUGUGUGUGCAAUAAUGGAAUACUUCAUUGUCGUUCUUGGAGAAGCCACGUGUCAUUGUGUCCUUAUCCAAAAGUUUUUUUCAACUGUUCCUCUGCGACCACAGGAGAACUUGGACUAAAGUGUACUAAAGCUUGUUCGAAUCUGGAAAGUGAUGAAUGUGUUUUUACAGAGUGUGAGUCUGGCUGUCGGUGUCCCGAAGGCCUUCUUGAAGACGGCAAAGGGAACUGUGUGAAAGAGGCUGACUGUCCUUGUAAGCAUAACGGACAUAUUUUUGCUCCCGGAGCAGUGAUUCCUAACCUGUGCAAUACCUGCAAUUGUAAAAGUGGAAAAUGGCAGUGCACUGAGAAAAAAUGCCCAGCUUCCUGCAUUAUUUAUGGAAGUGGGCACUACAACACAUUUGAUCAAAGGCCAUAUGGAUUUCAGGGUGAAUGUGGUUACAUCGCUGUCGCGAAUAAAUGUGGCAACAAAACAGCUGAAAACAACUUUGGAGUUAUUACAGAAAAUGUACCCUGUGGCUCUUCGGGAACCACCUGCUCCAAAACUGUCAGAAUUCAACUUGGGCGAACAGAAAUCAAACUAAUGAAGGGUAAAUACGUAGAGGAAGAUCUGGGACAUGGCGUCCUGAUUCAGUACAGAAUAAGGAGGGUCGGCUUGUACCUGGUGGUAGAAUCAAAAAUUGGUCUGGCGGUGAUAUGGGAUCGAAAAACAGCUGUUCGCAUCCUUCUGGAGCCCCAGCACAGCGGUUCAGUGUGUGGCUUGUGUGGAAAUUUUGAUGGAAAUGGACUGAACGACUUCACCACCCAGGGUCAGCUGGUAGUGAGCAACCCUCUAGAGUUUGCAAACAGCUGGAAAGUUCAGAGCACUUGCCCAGAUAAGGAAGAGAUUGUGGAUUCUUGUGUAGCUGCACCGAUGAGACAUCAAUGGGCAAAAAUGAUGUGCAGCAUCGUAACAGGGCAGACAUUCAAAGACUGCCACUCUAAGGUUGAUCCCCACCCUUUCUAUGAUAACUGUGUGAAAGACUCGUGUGCCUGCGACACUGGAGGAGACUGUGAGUGUUUCUGCUCAGCUGUCGCAGCCUACGCUCAGGCUUGCAAUGAGGCUGGAGUUUGUGUUAGCUGGAGAACCCCAGACAUUUGCCCUGUUUUUUGUGAUUACUAUAACAACCCAGAUGAUUGUACAUGGCACUACAGCCCUUGCCACACACCUUGUUACAAGACCUGUUUGAACCCACAAGGAAUUUGUAACAACCCGAUACCUAAUCUGGAGGGUUGUUAUCCAGUAUGCCCAGAAGAUAAACCAAUUUUUGAUGAGAAGAAUCAGACCUGUGUGGAAGAAUGUGCCUAUUGCUUGUACAAUGGGACAAUAUAUGAAGAUAAUGAUGUGAUAUACAAUGUCACUGAUAACAUGGGAAUGUGCUACUAUGCAAUCUGCAUUAAUACAACUGUGAUACACACAAGUGAACCAUGUGCAACAAGCCCAACAACAACUUCUCCAACGAAACCUACAACUUUAGAGACACCAACAACAACAAAAGUUACUACUCCCCCUACACCAACCCCUUCAGCAACUCCAGAGCCAAGCACCAAAACAAAAGCUCCCCCUACGACAACUACGACAUCUGCACCUCCCCCUACGACAACUACAGAGCCAACUACGACAACUGCACCUCCUACUACGACAACUCCAAAGCCUCCCACAACUACAACUCCCACUACGACAACUCCAAAGCCUACUACAACUGCUCCUACAACAACUACAGAGCCAACAACAACCACAACAACUACAACUGCACCUCCCUCUACCACAACAACUUCUGUCAUAACUCCAUGCCUUCCAACAACUUGUGAGUGGUCUGACUGGUAUAAUGUGCAUAACCCAAGCACAGACAAAAAUGACUGGGAAACCUAUGAAAACAUCACAAACAGUGGUCAAACUGUAUGUAAAGAUCCAAUGGAAAUUGAUUGUAGGUCAGCAGUUUUACCAGACAUGGACUUUGAGGAGUAUUUGAAAGAAACUCUGCAGGUCGUAAGUUGUGAUAUAAACUAUGGCUUAAUCUGUAAAAAAGAAGACCAGCCAAAGCGCCCAGGAAAGUGUUUUGACUACAAAUUCAGAUUGUGCUGUCCAGUAUGUGAAACAACAACGAUUCCUACGACAACCACAAAAACUACAACUACAACUCCCCCUACAACAACUACAGAGCUUCCCACAACCACAACUACAACUCCCACUACGACAACUACAGAGCCAACAACCACAACUACAACUCCUCCUACGACAACUACAGAGCCUCCCGCAACUACAACUCCCACUACGACAACUCCAAAGCCUCCUACAACCACAACUACAACUGCCCCUACAACAACUACAGAGCCUCCUACAACCACAACUACAACUCCUCCUACGACAACUACAGAGCCAACAACAACCACAAAAACUACAACGGCACCUCCCACUACGACAACUCCAAAGCCUCCCACAACUACAACUCCCACUACGACAACUACAACCACAAAACCUACAACUGCACCUCCCACUACGACAACUCCAGAGCCUCCCACAACCACAACUCCCACUACGACAACUCCAAAGCCUCCUACAACCACAACUACAACUCCCACUACAACAACUCCAAAGCCUCCCACAACCACAACUACAACUCCCCCUACAACAACUCCAAAGCCUCCUACAACCACAACUACAACUCCUCCUACGACAACUACAGAGCCAACAACAACCACAAAAACUACAACGGCACCUCCCACUACGACAACUCCAAAGCCUCCCACAACUACAACUCCCACUACGACAACUACAACCACAAAACCUACAACUGCACCUCCCACUACGACAACUCCAGAGCCUCCCACAACUACAACUCCCACUACGACAACUCCAAAGCCUCCUACAACCACAACUACAACUCCCCCUACGACAACUACAGAGCCAACAACAACCACAAAAACUACAACUGCACCUCCAACUACGACAACUACAGAGCUUCCGACAACCACAACUACAACUGCCCCUACGACAACUACAGAGCCAACAACCACAACUACAACUCCUCCUACGACAACUACAGAGCCAACAACAACCACAAAAACUACAACUGCACCUCCCACUACGACAACUCCAAAGCCUCCCACAACUACAACUCCCACUACGACAACUCCAAAGCCUACUACAACUGCUCCUACAACAACUACAGAGCCAACAACAACCACAACAACUACAACUGCACCUCCCUCUACCACAACAACUUCUGUCAUAACUCCAUGCCUUCCAACAACUUGUGAGUGGUCUGACUGGUAUAAUGUGCAUAACCCAAGCACAGACAAAAAUGACUGGGAAACCUAUGAAAACAUCACAAACAGUGGUCAAACUGUAUGUAAAGAUCCAAUGGAAAUUGAUUGUAGGUCAGCAGUUUUACCAGACAUGGACUUUGAGGAGUAUUUGAAAGAAACUCUGCAGGUCGUAAGUUGUGAUAUAAACUAUGGCUUAAUCUGUAAAAAAGAAGACCAGCCAAAGCGCCCAGGAAAGUGUUUUGACUACAAAUUCAGAUUAUGCUGUCCAGUAUGUGAAACAACAACGAUGCCUACGACAACCACAAAAACUACAACUACAACUCCCCCUACAACAACUACAGAGCCAACAACCACAACUACAACUCCUCCUACGACAACUACAGAGCCAACAACAACCACAACUACAACUCCUCCUACAACAACUACAGAGCCAACUACAACCACAAAAACUACAACUGCACCUCCCACUACGACAACUCCAAAGCCUCCCACAACCACAACCACAACUACAACUCCGACUACGACAACUCCAAAGCCUCCCACAACCACAACUACAACUCCCACUACGACAACUCCAAAGCCUCCCACAACCACAACUACAACUCCCACUACGACAACUCCAAAGCCUCCCACAACUACAACUCCCACUACGACAACUCCAAAGCCUCCUACAACCACAACUACAACUCCUCCUACGACAACUACAGAGCCAACAACAACCACAACUACAACUCCUCCUACAACAACUACAGAGCCAACUACAACCACAAAAACUACAACUGCACCUCCCACUACGACAACUCCAAAGCCUCCCACAACCACAACCACAACUACAACUCCGACUACGACAACUCCAAAGCCUCCCACAACCACAACUACAACUCCCACUACGACAACUCCAAAGCCUCCCACAACCACAACUGCAACUCCCACUACGACAACUCCAAAGCCUCCCACAACUACAACUGCACCUCCCACUACAACAACUCCAGAGCCUCCUACAACCACAACUACAACUCCUCCUACGACCACUACAGAGCCAACAACAACCACAACUACAACUCCUCCUACGACAACUACAGAGCCAACUACAAUCACAAAAACUACAACUGCACCUCCCACUACGACAACUCCAAAGCCUCCCACAACUACAACUCCCACUACGACAACUACAGAGCCAACUACAACCACAAAACCUACAACUGCACCUCCCACUACGACAACUCCAGAGCCUCCCACAACCACAACUACAACUCCCACUACGACAACUACAGAGCCAACAACAACCACAAAAACUACAACUGCACCUCCCACUACGACAACUCCAAAGCCUCCCACAACCACAACUACAACUCCCACUACGACAACUACAGAGCCAACUACAACCACAAAAACUACAACUGCACCUCCCACUACGACAACUCCAGAGCCUCCUACAACCACAACUACAACUCCCACUACGACAACUACAGAGCCAACUACAACCACAAAAACUACAACUGCAGCUCCCACUACGACAACUCCAAAGCCUCCCACAACCACAACUACAACUCCCACUACGACAACUCCAAAGCCUCCCACAACUACAACUCCCACUACCACAACUACAGAGCCAACUACAACCACAAAAACUACAACUGCACCUCCCACUACGACAACUCCAAAGCCUCCCACAACCACAACUACAACUCCCACUACGACAACUCCAAAGCCUCCCACAACCACAACUACAACUCCCACUACGACAACUACAGAGACAACUACAACCACAAAAACUACAACUGCACCUCCUACUACGACAACUCCAAAGCCUCCCACAACCACAACUAUUACUCCCCAUACGGCACCUCCAGAGCCUCCUACAACCACAACUACAACUCUCCCUACGACAACUCCAGAGACAACUACAACAAAAACAACUACACCUACAAUUAGCACUACCUCAGUAUCAAUUGUUACUGGCCCGACAAUUUCAACAGUAACAUUUGUAGCUACACCCCAAGUUGGGAAUACAACCCAAACAUCUGAAGCAACACCUUCAACACCAACUUCAUCAAGUUCCACGACAGAGUGCUCCUGUGUUUUUAAUGGCACAGUUUAUCAGCCCGGGGAUGUAAUAUUUUUAAUGUACCCCAUUGGAUCAGGCAUUUGUCUCACAAUGAUUUGUUCUGAUGUUUGUGAAAUUCAUAACAACACUGAAAUGUGUGGGAGUACCUCAACCUUGUCACCCACUCCCACUCCCACACCCCCCACUCCUACGUGUGAUGAUUGGGAUGUUGUUCAAAAUGAGACCUUCUUCUUGUGCAACUGCACUAUGGCCAGAUGCAUUGAGAACAACACAAUUGAAAUAAUUCCAUAUGAGUGUCCACCCCUCCAGAACAUAACUUGUGCCAAUGAAAAGAAACCAGUUCUUGCGUAUGAUGAGUACCACUGCUGCCAACAAUAUGUUUGUGACUGUGUAUGCGAAGGCUGGGGAGAUCCUCAUUACAUCACAUUUGAUGGGUUAUACUACAGUUAUCAAGGAAAUUGUACUUACGUUUUGAUGAAGGAGAUCACAGAAAAAUAUCAUUUGAAGAUCUAUGUUGACAAUGUAUUUUGUGAUCCUACUGAAGACGUUUCUUGUCCAAGAUCAAUAAUUAUAGCAUAUGGAUUUCAAGUUGUCACACUCAUCAAUCAUAACCUUGUCGGAGCUCCACAAUUAGAGGUAAUAAAAAGUGGUGAAAAAUUGAAGCUACCCUACGCACAACAAGGUAUUAAGAUUAUGAGUUCUGGUAUUAACUUGGUUUAUGAGAUCCCUGUGCUAAAUGUGGUAGUUACAUUUGGAAUGACUGGCUUUAGUGUCAACCUGCCAUAUCAGUACUUUGGAAGCAACACAGAGGGUCAUUGUGGGACAUGCACCAACAAUCAAGCCGAUGACUGUAAGUUGCCGACAGGCGAACUGCUGGAAAAUUGUGCAGUGAUGGCAGACUAUUGGCCAGCAAAUGACAUCUAUCAACCUAACUGCCCAACACCACCUGUAGUACCCACUCAAGUUCCUGAACCACCCCUAGAACCAACUCCAUGCAAGCCAGAGUCCAUUUGUGAUCUGCUGAAGAGCAGUGUUUUUGCAGAAUGUCAUCCAUUGGUUUCCCCAGACAAUUUCUACAGAGGUUGUGUUUAUGAUAGUUGCCAUGUUUCGAAUCCUGCAGUAGAGUGCACAAGUUUGCAAACUUAUGCUGCUGCCUGUGCUCAGGCUGGAAUUUGCAUCCACUGGAGAAACCACACCAAAAUAUGUGCUACUGACUGUCCAUCAGACAAAGUUUAUAAACCUUGUGGCCCUGCAGAACAGCCCACCUGUGAAGACAAUGCCGAUGAAUCAACCACUACGUUUAUUACUGAGGGCUGCUUCUGUCCUGAUGGAAUGAAACUCUUCAACAAAGACUCAGGAAUAUGUGUUGAAAAGUGUGGAUGUCUCGAUCCUGAAGGCAUUCCUCGAGAGUUUGAUGAGAGGUUUGAGUACAAAUGCCAGGACUGCAUUUGUGAAGAGUCUACCAAAACUGUGACUUGCAAACCAAAGACUUGCCCAGCACCACCCACUGCUAACUGCACUGAUCCAGGGUUUGUUGUUGUGAACCAAACCAAUCCUGCGGACCCCUGUUGCUAUGCCUACAUUUGUCAAUGCGACAUGAACAGAUGCCCAGGAAACAGCAUGAACUGUCCAGUUGGAUACAAACCAGUCAUCAGUGUUCCAGAGGGAAAAUGCUGUCCAGAACAUACAUGUGAGCCUAAGCGAGUUUGUGUCCACAAGAAUGUUGAAUACCAGCCUGGUUCCUCAGUUCCUGUGACUGCAUGCCAGGACUGUACCUGCACCAAUGAGGUCGACCCAAAAUCCGGUCUGUUUAAAAUAGUGUGUGUGUUUCAACAAUGUAAAGAAACCUGUGAGCCGGGAUAUGAAUAUGUGGAAACUAACGAUUAUGACUGCUGUGGGAAGUGUGUACAGAAACAAUGUGUCCUGAAUUUAGAUGGUACCAUGCAUCUCUUGAAUGAAGGAGAAACCUGGUCACCGCCUGAAAACUUGUGUGAACACUACACCUGUAUGAGGAGUGGGGACACACUAACAGCCCUAAGUUCACACAUCAUUUGCCCAGUUUUCCAAGAGAGUAACUGCCAGCCUGGCACAAUUCAAACAGCUGCAAAUGGGUGCUGUAAAACCUGUGUGGAGAUAAACAAAGCCUGCAAACUGGUGAGCAUGAAAACUCGAGUUUUUCACCAUGGCUGUCAGUCUGAACACGAAGUGGAAAUACCGUACUGUGAGGGAUCUUGCAACACAUUCACUAAGUACUCCGAAGCGGCAGCUGCUAUGGAACAUUCUUGCUCCUGCUGCAAGGAAACGCGCUCCUCCAAUCGCACCGUUGAUUUGCUGUGCUUGAAUGGAGACAAGCUCACCUACACCUACAUUUAUGUGGAGGAGUGCAGCUGCGGCCAGACAGAGUGCACAACUGCAGGGCUGUCUCCUCGCACAAAACGAAGUUCCACGCUGCUCUGAGACAGUCGUCUUUCAUAACUAUACUGAAUGUUAGAAGUGUUUUUUCUUGCACCGCUCUAGCAAUGUUAGAAAGUAAUUUACCACUGAAGUGGAAUAUUUAUCAACUAAUCAAAUAAAAAUAUGCAACUCA